AUGGGCCCUUACCCGGGGUUUGCGGCUGCGCUGACCGCGGCAGCACGCGCGGAUGCGGCUCCCCGCAGCAGCAGCACCGAAGCUAGCGCGCAGCAGUGCGCGCGCGACAAGGCGGAAGGCGGCAAGCUCGCGGGUGCGCCGAGCGCGGUAGAGAGCGUUGAGAUCGCAGAAACGCCAGUAGAGGCCGCAGCAGCAGCAGCGGAAACCGCAACGGGAGGGACAGGCGAACGCGCAAGGACGGGUAGCGACAAGGCGAAUACAGAAUCCGCAGUUAGUCAUACCGAACAGGGGGCGUUUGCGGGUGUGGGUAUGGGCGCACAAGCGGACGCACGAUUGGCGCAAGGCGACGAGAGGGUACGAGACGGUGAAACCGGGGAGGAUGAGGAUGAGGAGGAAGAAGAGUGGGAGGAGCAGCAGCAGAGGCCGUUGUGUGUGGUGGGGGAGGAGGGCGAAGGAGUCAUGGAGGCGGAUGCGGAGGAGCAGAGGAGCGCGCGCAAAGCGGGGGUGUGGCGAGGCGAGGUGCUGGAGGUGGCGGUGAGGCGAGGCCUCGUGGAGCAAGUGCAGCGCAAGCUCAGAAAGGCGGUGGAGUCGCCGUCGCAGCGAGCAGGCGUGCUGCGGCAGCUGUUCACGGACAUCGCGUUUGAGCUCGACGGCCACGCGCACGACGUGCUGCUCCGCGACCCCUCCGCCUCCCUCUCCUCCCUCUGCGCCGCCGCGCACCCCGCCCUCGCGCCCGCCUUUUCCGCCACGGCCGUGCUCGCGCCGUUCCCAGGGGCCGCCACUGCGCCGGACUCCCGCCUGCUGCUGCUGCCGCAGGAGAAGCAGCAGCACGGGGCAGCGCAGGGAGAGGACCAGGGGAACAAGCCCUGGCACCACCAGCAGCAGCAGCAGGAGGGGUUGCGGGGUGUGGCGGCAGGGGGGGAGUGCGAGCGGGUGUGUUUCUACGAGGUGUUGGCGCAGCACUACGCGGAGAGCGAGGCGUCAGUGGCGGCGCUGCUUCCUCUCUUCGCGCCCCUCUGGAGCUGCGUCUUCUCCUCGCAGAUCUUCGCCCUGCUGCUCCACAGAUGGCUGUACAGUUCGCCGAAGCCGCAUUCAGAGGAGGUGCACCGCUACACACGCGCCUUCAUGACCGGCGUCGAAGGCAUCUUCUGGAUCGACCUGCAGAGCAAUGAGCAGCGCUUUCGCCCUCUCUUCAAUUUUGUGAUGGAGCGCAUUGUCAUGGACGAGCAACGCUUUGCCCUCGUGCCUCCUCUGUUUCAGAAGGACAUGUUCUGCACUGUGGCUCGCUGCUUCUUCCUCUACCAGUCAGGAACGCGUCUGCCCGCACUGCUGGCAGCAGCAUCACGGCAGGAGGCGCUGCACGGGGCAACAGCGGACAUCUUUGUCACGGAGCUCACCAACCAGCUGCAGCGCAUCAAGGUGGAGCCCGUUCUGCUGCUCUUCCUGCACCGCUGCACUGCGCUCAAAGGUCUGGAUCUGCGGUCAGCCACGGCCAUUCGCCUGCAGGUGGCGCUGCACUCCAUGGCUGUGCCGGGUGGGCCGCUCUUCCCCACCCGGCCCGUGCGCCAAGCUGCUCGCUCCGCCCUCGAUACGCUCUACCCUUCGGAGCCUGGUUCAGUGUCGUAA